CCUGCCACCUGGCACCUACACUACACUCUCCGCUGUAAAAAGGAAAAAACUCCAUAGCGCUCGCUCUUUUUCAUUGCACAGAGCUUUUACUCCUUGGAUCUCACUACGCUCCUCUCUCUCUAUCUCUCUCUCUCUCUCUAUCUCUGGUUCUCUUUCUACUGAAGAGCCAAUCAAUUCAGCUGCUGUUUCUUGGACCAUUGGAUCGAGCUUGAUUCAGUUGUGUUUUGAUUUUGUUUCUAGUAUAAAAUCUUUUUGAAGAAUGAUUACGACGGCUCGGUGAUCAUGUAGUGGAAUGUUUUGAUUUUCGUGUAUGAUUCGAUAAUGGCGUCGAUCCGCCGGACUUUAUCGCCGUAUCACGACCGGUCGUACCAGAACGGCGGGAGUCCGUACUCGCCGAAGCUCUUCUCCAGCCCAAGGCAUCCCUCGCGGAUGCCGGAGUUAGCCGCCCGACUCCGGCGACUCCUCGGAUAUCCGCAGCGGAAAGGUCAGCACGGCCGGCGAAGAGCGUUCUUCUACAGGUGCUUGUUGUUCUUCUUCUUAGGGUUUCUGCUAGGUCUAGCGCCGUUCGGCCACGUCAAUGACGGCGACGACGGGGACAUUAGCGUCCGCCGAGACAACUUCUCCUUCGAGAUCAAGCCCCCUCUCGUCAACGAGCAGCUGAAAACGACGCAGAACGACGUUGUCUCGGCCGACGAAAAGCGCGAAGCCCUAGUCAGCGCGGUGAGCUUAGGCCUGAGGUUCGAUUUGGUGCCGAGGAAGCAGCUGAUCGUGGUGACGCCGACGUACGACCGGCCGCUCCAGGCAUACUCCCUGAACCGGCUGGGUCACGUGCUGCGACUCGUGCCGCCGCCGCUUCUGUGGAUCGUGGUGGAGGCGAACGCGGCGUCGAUGGAGACCGCGGAGAUACUGAGGAAAACCGGAGUGAUGUACAGGCACUUGGUGUGCGCUCGCAACUCCACCAAUGUGAAGGACAGGGGCGUCCAUCAGAGGAACACGGCGUUAGAGCACAUUGAGCGCCACAGGCUCGACGGCGUCGUUUAUUUUGCCGACGAUGAUAACAUAUAUUCGCUUGAGUUGUUUCACAGCUUGAGAGAAAUCAGCCGGUUUGGUACUUGGCCUGUUGCUAUGCUUGCACAAAGCAAAAACAAGGCCGUAUUGGAGGGUCCAGUCUGCAACGGGAGUCAAGUAAUUGGAUGGCACACAAAUGAGAAAAGUAAGAGACUUCGAAGGUUUCACGUUGAUAUGUCAGGAUUUGCUUUCAACAGUACAAUCUUGUGGGAUCCCAAGCGAUGGAGACGCCUCACUUCGGUUCCAAUUCGACAAUUAGACAUAGUGAAGGAGGGUUUCCAGGAGACCACAUUUAUAGAGCAAGUGGUGGAAGAUGAAAGUCAAAUGGAAGGUAUACCGCCUGGUUGUUCAAGGAUAAUGAACUGGCAUCUUCAUUUGGAAGCUCGUCAUUUUUUUUAUCCCAGAGGCUGGCUGCUUCAGAAAAACCUCGAUGUUGUCAUCCCAUUUAAGUGAAUCAAACUUCAAUGCUGCAAUUUCGAAGCCUUGAGAGCAUUUCGCUAUUUUCAUGUUGGUGGUCCAUUUGUCCCUGAACGGAUGUUGUUUGCUUCAACUUGCCACCAUCGGCAUUAAGUAGCACUGACAAAGAGCUCUGCUGGGAACAACAAAGAAAUAGAAAUAUUUCUAAAUUUUGUUUUUGUAGAAUUUUUCCUGCAUGAUAUUCUUUUAACAGAAACGAAAUUCCGUUUUUGUUGUAGAGUUUUGGUACAUGGUUUUCUUGGGGUAUCAGCCAGAACGUGAAGUGUCGGUGCUGUGUGGGGUAAGCCUUGUCAUGGAUCCCCUACUCUGUAUGUGAUAUAUAGGAAUUACAUCAAAACUAAGGGAGGGCAACUUGAUCAUCA